UGCCCAUUGACUUCGGAAGUAUCUUCACUUUUUUUUCCUCAAACUUAAGUGCUUCAAGGGGAAAAAAUUACCCACUUCUUGAGGAAGAAAAUCGAUAGGAGCAUCUUCAAAAUUCAACGCUUUCAAAAGCUUGAACUUUUUAAAUAAUUUAACAAUGAAAGACCUGGGCAUUUCAUUGAUGUUGAAGAGAAAAACAGAACGAAGCCGAGAGUACUCACUUGUCUCAAAAACAUUUUCUCUAGCAUUGUGGGUUGAUAGGCGUCUACUUUUUCCAAGGAAAGUUGUGUAACCUGUUUCCAAAACCUGACAGAAAUUCAAGUCUCCAGCCUUCGAUAGGAUGAUUUCACGCUGUAGAUCAUGAAUUUUGUACUUUCUGCUUAUCUCAUUAUCAAGCUCCCCAAAUGAAAGUUGAACCUAGUUUCUGUGGAUGAGCUCCAUUAAGUACUCUUCCGCUACAUCCUCCAAUGUUUUGCCCUUCUUUCCUUUUAUAAAGCCCUCAGCUACCCAUAACCAAAGUAAUCUUACACCACUCGGAGCUUGCUGGGGAUGAUGGUCAUGAAGAGGAAAGCUUGCAUGGCUUUUCUCAUCAGAAAGCUCUUACCUUUUGUUUUGGUAUUGGCUGUUCUUGAGAAUCAUCAGGUGGGUGCGAGGUUUGUGGUGGAGAAGGGUAGUAUUACUGUUUUAUCUGGAUUGAAUAUGAGCUCAAAGAAAGAUGGUGCCAUAGGGAACUUUGGAGUUCCUGAUUAUGGAGCCUCCAUGUUGGGCUCUGUGCUUUAUCCUGAUAAAGGUUCUAAUGGGUGUGCGGCUUUUGAGGGUGAUAAGCCUUUCAAGUCCAAGUUCCCUCGCCCUACUAUUCUUCUUCUUGAUCGUGGAGAGUGCUACUUUGCCUUGAAAGUAUGGAAUGGCCAACAGGCUGGAGCUGCUGCUGUUUUAGUGGCGGAUAGCAUUGAUGAGCCUCUAAUUACUAUGGAUUCUCCAGAGGAGAGCACUGAUUCAGAUGGGUACGUAGAGAAGAUUGGAAUUCCAUCAGCUUUAAUAGAGAAGUCUUUUGGUGAUAGUUUGAAACAAGCUCUGGAAAAAAAAGAGGAUGUUGUCAUUAGACUAGACUGGAGAGAAUCUGUGCCCCACCCUGAUCAGAGAGUUGAGUAUGAGUUUUGGACGAAUAGUAAUGAUGAAUGUGGGAUCCGCUGCGACGAGCAGAUGAAUUUUGUGAAGAGUUUCAAGGGUCAUGCUCAGAUUCUUGAGAGGGGGGGUUACACCCAGUUCACCCCACAUUAUAUAACUUGGUACUGCCCGCAGGCUUUUAUCCUUAGCAAUCAGUGCAAAUCCCAAUGCAUAAACAAUGGAAGAUAUUGUGCACCAGAUCCGGAUCGGGAGUUUGGAGUGGGUUAUGAAGGGAAGGAUGUGGUGUUAGAGAACUUGAGGCAGCUCUGUGUGCAUAGAGUUGCCAAUGUGAGCAACCGGUCAUGGGUUUGGUGGGAUUAUGUGACUGAUUUCCAUAUUAGGUGUUCCAUGAAGGAGAAGAAAUAUGAUAAAAAAUGUGCUGAGGAUGUCUUGAAAUCACUUAGUAAGUACUAUAUGGCGUUUCUCUUUGGUACAUUCUAUUCAAAUUCUGUUUCUAAUGGCAAUAAUCCAAUUGAAUCAGAUCUGCCCAUCAAUGAUAUUGAAAAAUGCAUGGGUGACCCUAAAGCUGAUGUGGAGAAUGAAGUGCUCAAAACUGAGCAACUACUUCAGGUUGGACGAGGAUCUCGUGGUGACGUUACCAUCUUGCCAACAUUGGUCAUUAACAACAUUCAAUAUCGAGGAAAAUUGGAUAGAACUGCUGUGCUGAAGGCCAUCUGUGCUGGAUUUAAGGAAACCACUGAUCCUCGAAUUUGUUUAAGUGAAGAUAUUGAGACUAAUGACUGCGAUGAACGCAACGGUGGCUGUUGGCAGGAUUUACAAUCUAAUAUAACUGCAUGCAAGGACACAUUUAGAGGAAGAGUUUGUGAGUGCCCUGCAGUAAAAGGUGUUCAGUAUAUAGGAGAUGGUUAUACAUCUUGUGUAGCUUAUGGAUCUGCAAGGUGCUCAAUAAAUAAUGGAGGGUGCUGGUCAGAAACCAGAGAAGGAGUAACUUUCUCAGCUUGCUCAGACUCUUUCCUAUCUGGCUGUAGCUGCCCAAAUGGCUUUCGCGAGAAUGGUCAGAAAUGCGAAGAUAUCAACGAAUGCAAGGAUCAUCGUGCUUGUCAGUGUGAUGGUUGCAGCUGUAAAAACACUUGGGGUAGUUAUGAAUGCAAGUGUAAGGGGAACCUUCUGUAUAUAAAGGAGCAAUAUGCUUGUAUUGACAGAAAUGGAUCGAGAUUCAGCUGGUUCUUAACCUUCUUGAUCCUAGCAGCCGUGGCGGGAGCUGGUAUAGCUGGUUAUAUAUUCUACAAAUACAGGCUCCGGUCUUACAUGGACUCGGAGAUCAUGGCUAUCAUGUCACAAUACAUGCCGCUCGACAACAACCACAACAAUCGAGUCCAAACUGAAGCCGAACCUUUACGACAAGGCUCAGUGUAAG